AGAAUUAAUUUCAUUUCUUUGUUUUUUAAAAACUAACAGUUCAUUUCAUUUCAAGCGUCAGUGUUUAUUUGAUGCAAAGCGCGCUGGCUAGCUGGCUGCUGCUGAGAGAGUUUGUUGGGUUGACUUGACAACCCCCUCAAACCUACCACAGGCGAGAGGAGACGACCGGGUCCGAGUCCUCUUCCUCCUCCCCUUCCUUCCUCCCCUUUCAAUGACUCAACGCAACGCCGCCUCACCUCAGCUGCCUCCCCUUCCCGUGUCGUGCGCCUCCUCUCCGGCCGUCUUCGCCGCUGGCCGCCCUCCUCCCCGUCGUCGCCGCUGCUAACUGAUUGGUAGGCACCACAGGACAACAAGAUAGACAGAGAUGAUGGCUGAUGCUCCGGCGGUGCAUGAUUCCGGCGGCGACAGCGAGCUUGAGGACCAAUCCUACCAGCAGGAGCCUGCCUUCGAGGCUUUCAUGUGCCCUCUCACCAAACAGGUGAUGCAGGACCCCGUGACCAUCGAGACGGGGCAGACCUUCGAGCGGGAGGCCAUCCACAAGUGGUUCCGGGAGUGCAGGGACAGCGGGAGGACGCCCACCUGCCCCCUCACCCAGGCGGAACUUCGCACCACCGACAUGACCCCCAGCAUAGCCCUGCGCAACGUCAUCGACGAGUGGAGGGCCAGGAACCAGGACAAGGAGCUCGACAAGGCCUGCGCCUCCCUCACCCAGCUCGACAUGCCCUCCGAGGACGACGCCCUGCGUGCCCUCCUCUACAUCUCCCAGGUGUGCCACAGGAGCGGCGCUAACAAGAACCUGGUGCGCAGGCAGGGCAUCAUACCGGCCAUCGCCGCCAUGCUCAAGAGCAGCAGCAGGAGGGUUCGCCUCAAGUCUCUCGAGGUACUCCGCGUCGUCGUCGAGGACAACGACGACAACAAGGAAGAGCUCGGCAAAGGCGACACCAUCCGCACCAUCAUCAAGUUCUUGUCCAACGACCAUUUCCAGGAGAGGGAGCUGGCGGUGUCGCUGCUGUACGAGCUCUCCAAGCUCGACCCCAUAUGCCAAAGGAUCGGUGCGGUCUACGGGGCAAUACUUCUCUUGGUCGGGAUGGGGAGCAGCAAAUCGGAGAACCUCGUGGCCGUGGAGAAAGCCGAGAACACGCUCAAGAACCUGGAGAAGCACGAGACGAACGUCAAGCAGAUGGCCGAGAACGGCAGGCUGCAGCCUCUGCUUACCAAGCUCAUCGAAGGCACACCUCAGGUUCAGGUGGCCAUGGCGGAGUACCUUGGCGAGCUUGCACUGGCCAACGACGUCAAGGUUGUGGUGGCGGAGCAGGUCGGGGAGCUGCUGGUGAGCAUCAUGAAGACGGGCAGCCUGCCGGCGAGGGAGGCCACGCUCAAAGCCCUCAGGGAGAUAUCGUCCAACGAGUCCAGCGCCAGGAUCCUGCUGCAGGCGGGCAUCCUGCCGCCGCUGGUGAAGGACCUCCUCUCCGUGGGCGCCGGCCACCUGCCCAUGCGGCUCAAGGAGGUGUCGGCCGCCAUCCUGGCCAACCUGGUGGCAUCGGGCGCCGGCUUCCGGUCCAUCCUGGUGGACGACGAGAGCGGGGAAACGCUGGUGUCGGAGGACGUGGUGCACAGCCUGCUCCACCUCAUCAGCAACACCGGGCCCGCCAUCGAGUGCAAGCUCCUCAGCGUCCUCGUCGGCCUCACUGGGUCCGCGGCAACGGUGGCCGACGUGGUCUCCGCCAUCCGCAGCUCCGGCGCCACCAUCAGCCUGAUCCAGUUCGUGGAGGCGGCGCACCGGGAGAUCCGCCUCGAGUCCCUCAAGUUGCUGCGCAACGUGUCGCCGUACAUGGGCGCGGAGCUGGCGGACGCCAUCGGAGGCCACCUGGGCAGCCUGGUGAGGGCGGUCUCCGACGAGCGCGGCGGCGUGACGGAGGAGCAGGCGACGGCGGCGGGGCUGCUGGGCGACCUCCCCGAGCGGGACUGGAACCUGACGCGGCAGCUGCAGGACCUGGGCGCGUUCCGGGCGCUGGCGUCGAGGCUGGCGGAGCUCCGGCGGGGCACCAUCCGCGGCAGCAACCGGCACCUGGCGCCCUUCACGGAGGGCGCCGUCAAGGUGCUCUACAGGGUCACGUGCGCGCUGGGGGAGGCGGAGGAGGAGGACCUGUACGUGGAGGUGGCGCGGGAGUUGGGCCUGGCGCCGCUCUUCGUAGAGCUGCUGCAGCAGAUGAGCAGCGCCGUGCUGCUCUACUCCGCCAUGGCGCUGGAGAACCUGUCGCUGCAGUCGGGGAGGUUAACGGCCGUGCCGGAGCCGCCGGCGCCGCGGGGCGGCCUCCUCAUGUGCGCGUGCUUCGGGAAGCAGCCCCCGCCGGCGCCGCCCGGCGCUCUGGGGACGUGCCGCGUGCACGGCGGCUUCUGCUCGCUGCGGGAGAGCUUCUGCCUGGCGGAGGGCGGGUGCAAGGCGGUGGAGCGGCUGGUGGCGUGCCUGGAGCACGCCGACGCGCCGGUGGUGGAGGCAGCGCUGGUGGCGCUGUCGACCCUGCUGGGGGACGGCGUGGCGAACACGGCGGAGGGCGUGCUGGUGCUCGGUGAGGCGGAGGGCCUGCGCCCCGUCGUCGAGCUGCUGGUGGAGAACCGGACGGAGGCGCUGCAGCGCCGGGCGGUGUGGGCAGUGGAGCGCAUCCUCCGCGUCCAGGACAUCGCCGAGGAGGUGGCGGCGGACCAGACCGUUGCGUCGGCGCUAGUGGAGGCCUACCGCAACGGCGACGCCCGCACCCGCCACACGGCGGAGCGCGCGCUCCGACACCUGGACAGGAUCCCAAACUUCUCCACCGCCUUCCACCAAGCCAAAGCCAGGGGGGCAUGAGCAAGCGUUCUGGGCUGCCUGCUGCACAUGCACAUGUUUGUUUCCUCCUUUGCAGUUCCAUUUGUUUCUUCAUGAUGAUUUGUGACUAAUACAAUUGUGAUCAUAUGAUGAAUGUAUAUGUAUUUUGAUU